CCAUAGUUGUAUUUGCUAUAAGAUGUAUUUUAUAUUUGUUUAUAUUACAGGCAAAAUGGCGCCAAGGUAUGAAAUGGCCGUUGGCCUCAAAAAAGGCCACAAGGUCACCAAGAAUAAGAGAGAGAAAAAACCCAGUUCUCGCAAAGGGAAAAUCACAAAGCGCAACAAAUUUGUGAGAGAUAUUGUCCGUGAAGUUAUGGGUUUUGCUCCAUAUGAAAAGCGUACCAUUGAAUUGUUGAAAGUGUCGAAGGAUAAAAGGGCCUUGAAGUUCCUCAAAAAAAGGCUGGGUACCCAUAUCCGUGCCAAGAGGAAGCGUGAAGAGAUGCAACGCGUCAUGGGUCAACAGAGGAAGGCUGCAGCUGCUGCCGCAGCAGCCGCAGCUGCUGCUGCUGCUGCUACUGCAAGCCAUAAGUAGUUUGUGUAGAAUAAAGAAAAACAUUC